CCAAAAACUUAAUGUCAUUGUAAAUGGAUCCUGAUAUUAUCUACAAAAGAACUCCUCUUUUGGCCUCUUCACCAAGGCAACCCGAUGGCCAUGAUAUUAAUAAGCUUAUCCAACAAUUAUUUAUCCCAAAAUCAAUAGAAUUGGUUAGUAAUUGGCCACAUUUUUUAGUUUCCACAAUUCCCUCUACGCAAUGGUACUCUCUUCGGACAUAGUGAUCAUGUCCAUACUAGUCUCCAUGCUCCUCCUCUUCGUAGCCGUCGUCGGAGUGGUAAUCUUCCACGUCUUCAUCACAGCUAGAUCAGUCAGGAGAGCGUUAGUCGAGGAUGCCAACAACACCACCGCCACCACAGAUCCUCUCCCCGCCCAAACCCACCGCGGUUACAGCCGACCCAGGAUGUCGCAAGCCGAACUCGACAAGCUCCCCUCCUUCAACUACAACGACGACAACGAAUCCAAGGACACCACCAUCGUUGGGGGCAAAGGGAGUGACAUGGCCGAUCAAUUCGGGGAUUGCGCGGUGUGCCUGGACACCUUCAAGCCAGGGGAGAAAUGCAGGGUACUGCCACUCUGCAAGCACAGCUUCCACGCCAAGUGCGUCGAUGGCUGGCUGCUGAAGAUCCCCGUCUGUCCAAUCUGCAGGGACAAUGUUGCCCUUUCUUCGAGGAGGAUUGAGAGGGAAGAGAACGGCGGGAGCAGGAGAGACAGCAGCCAUUUCAGUGGCGAGAUGAGCUUGUUUUGUGGGAGCAUAGCUACAACUGAGAGCACCAGCAGCAGCCGGUUUAGUGACGCCAGUUUUGUUACUGUGGUUGGCGGUGGGAGGUUAAGGAGUGUUGAGAAUGGUGAUGUUAUAAUUGAGAUGGUGGAGAGUAAUGGCGAUCAUGUGGAUGUAAUUGAUCGGUCCCUUUCUGGGCCUCCACGUUCUUCUGUGGAUUCCUUGCCCUUGUGAAAGAUUUGGAGGGGGGCUUCUGUUUGUUGUGAUUAAUAUGUGCAUAUGUUUAUUACAUAGGGGAAUUUCUAUUUGUUGUAAGAACAUAACAGAGAAAUUGAUGAUUUUAUUAGAAGCUGUAAGUUCUUGCGUAAUCAGAGUUAUUCAUUCUACCUUGAUCCAAUUCUGAACUAGCUAAGCUGCAUGAUGAAUGAUGAUGAUCAAACCCAUCCAAAAAGUUCUUAUUUCAUAAUUACACCAUAAAAAACUUACAUCCAGCUCUCGAAAAAUAGUUAUAGUAAUCUGAGUCUGACCAAGCACCAAAAUGAGAGAGGGAAGAGAGGCACCACAAUGUCAUUUUGAGCAUCUUGUCAGUUUUUUCAAAUUGCAUUCUCAAUCCACUCGGAACAUUGUCUCCUUGCAUCCCAACACGUCUCAAUGCUGGCUAAGCGUUGUCGGAUGCUACCGAUGCGUUCUGGGCGUAUUAUUCAUCCCUUAUGAUCAAGAUGAACCAUUUUCCUUCUGAUUAGCACCUAGAUGAGCCCCUAGGUGCGCUUUUUAGAACACUAACAUUAACAACAACUCAUCUCAUUUAAGAAAAUUAGCGUCAUGGCCUACUCUUGCUUUUAAAAUCCUCAGUGCUCUGAUUCGAUUAAAGUUGAAAUUGCAUAAGUCAAUCAUUUUAAAUUGUUAUAAUACAAUCCCCGAAAGUUUUGUUGACCGAGAAGGAAGAAAUGUGGAUUAAUCUUUCUUUUAGAGUCACUUAUGGUAAUAUUAUUAAUAAUCAGAAAAUGUUGUUACAUCAUCUGGUCAAAACUAAUGAAACAAAAUCAUAGGGGGUCUAUCAACCCACACAAUAGAACCAUUCCAUCUAGUUUCACAAGUGACCAUAAGACGUGCAACUAUGUCAGUCAUUCUUUGAAUAUUCUAGACAUAAUUCACACUUCCUUCAGCCAACUCCGUUAUGAUACUUGCACAAAUUGUGGCGAGCUCAGACAGAAUUGGCUCGCUGUGCAUAAUCAUUUUUACCGAUGAUCAAGUGAUCUGAUUCAACAACCAAAUGUUCAAAUUGGAGUUUAUUUUGUCAUUUAUAUGUCAAAUUUUACGAUAGUAGCUUCUACCAUUUCAGCAUCCCAACUCCUUGAAAUUUUCUGGACUGAAAGUGGAUUGAUCUCGAAUACUAUUGUCUAAAUUAUUUGAUAUAAAAUGUAUUAUCUUCGAUAUAAUUAAUAAUAUGAUUUAACAUAAUCCUACCAAAAAAUAUAAGGAUUGUGUUUUCGAAAUUCGAAUGCCAAAGUUCUCAUCAGCCAUUUAGAAAAAGAACUUGUAAAGAAAACCAUUUAUGAACUCGACUACAGAAUGAAUGUGGGCCGAUGCCCAGCACCCAUAAGUGGCCCAUAUCCCCUAGGAUGGAGUCUUGGUCCACGUUAGUGUUGUUGGGCCAAAACUCGUAUGGACUUGGCCACUACUCCAAAACACUUUUUAUCUUCUACGGCCCAUGCCAGAAAUUUUAGAUUAUUUAUGACCUAAUCCUCACGUUCAUAUGCACCGGAAAUGGUCAACGGCCGCCAGAAGAAAAGUAAACCAAACCACCUGUAGCUCGUAGACAACGUAUCAGUAGAAGGGGUUUCUUAUAUUUCUUCGCUCUUCACUUUAUGAAUUGGGUCUACGUCAAUCCAACGCUAAUAUACAAGCAUGGCGCGACAGCAUGAACGUAGCAACGUCAUGGGGAUAGAUUAGUACACAGAUGGCAUGGCAUGACGACCUAUAUAUUAAUCUUAAUAUUAAAAAAUUCUUGGUCGGUGAAUUCCACCACAUUAGUAACCGGUUAAUUACGUAUAUACUCUCGCUUUUUUAACCGUUUGGUCAAUAAUUAAACAUUUAUUUGUGU